AUGCUCGCCAGAACCCUCGCCCAGAAGCUGCCCACUGGCGCUCGCGCCUUCAGCUCGACAUGCGCCCGCAACGCUGCCGAGGUCAAGAGGCUCGGUGUCGUUGGUGCCGGCCAGAUGGGUCUGGGCAUCGCCCUCGUCGCCGCCACCAAGGCCAAGGUCCCCAUCACCCUCGUUGACGCCUCUCAAAAGUCUCUCGACAAGGGCCUCGCCUUCGCCGACAAGCUUCUGAGCAAGGACAUUGCCAAGCACCGUAUCACCCAGGACGAGGCCGACGCGGCCCGCGCCCUUCUCCAGCCCACCACGAGCCUCGACGACCUGCACAGCGUCGACUUCGUGAUCGAGGCCGUGCCGGAGAUCCCCCAGCUUAAGUUUGAUAUCUUCUCCAAGCUCGCCGAGAUCUGCCCCAAGCACGCCAUCCUGGCGACCAACACAUCUUCCAUCUCCAUCACGCGCAUCGCCGCUUCCACGACCAAGGACCCCAACGACACCUCCAACAGCUCGCGCGUCGUGUCCACGCACUUCAUGAACCCGGUCCCCGUCCAGAAGGGCGUCGAGAUCAUCAGCGGCCUGCAGACCAGCCAGGAAACCCUCGACACCGCCGUCGAGUUCUGCAAGAAGCUGGGCAAGAUCCCCUCCAUCUCCAAGGACAGCCCGGGCUUCCUGGCCAACCGCAUCCUGAUGCCGUACAUCAACGAGGCCAUCAUCUGCCUUGAGACGGGCGUCGGCGACCGCGAUUCGAUCGAUGCCAUCAUGAAGAACGGCACCAACGUGCCCAUGGGUCCCCUCCAGCUGGCGGACUUCAUCGGUCUUGAUACCUGCUUGGCUAUCAUGAAGGUGUUGUACGAGGAGACGGGCGAUUCCAAGUAUAGGCCUAGUGUGCACUUGCGCAAUAUGGUUGAUGCUGGCUGGUUGGGCAAGAAGAGCGGCAAGGGCUUUUAUGACUACCAGUAA